AUGGCCGACGAAGAUCUGUACGACGAUGAGAACCCUGGAUCGGGCAUUCUGUACCCUCGUUCUGCCUCGUUAAGUCAUGGUCCAACAGCAUCGUCUCGAUCGAGCAGUCCUUAUCCCAACUCCCCUCAUCCACCGCCGGGAGAAACGGAGCGUCGUCUGAGUUUGCUCAGCGCGGCGACCAACUCGAGCGAUCCCUAUGGCUCGAGUUACAGCAUGACCUCGGAUCCCACCAAUAUCCAUCAGAUUAUUCAACAUCAAAGCGACGAUCAGAAUGAACGAGAAAGUGGAGAUAAUGCCGAGGAGAGCCAAUUCACGGCCGUCACUUCGGCCACCACUCCAACCCCCAAGAAGAGCGGGGUCCGCCACUACAAGGUGGAAGAUUAUCCGUUGCCCAAAGACGUCUCGGAUCAGUUGGUAGCACACAUGGAGAAGCGAGUUACCGAAGUGCUAGAGCACAGUCGAUUUCUGCAACGUCAUUGUGGCUUUGAUGUACCCCGUUUUAGCCACACCGACGUCGAGACGGGGGAACCCAUUGCCCGAGGUGGAUUCGCCGUCAUUAUGGAAAUCAAGUGGUUCACUACAGGAUGUGAACUCAACGAAGAUGAAAACGAAGACAAAGAGUACGUCCUCAAAUAUCUCAACCCCAAAUUGAUUGCCAAAUUCCUGCAAGAUAAGGACAAUGACAAGGUCUUUGCCGGUGCCAAAGAUCUCGUGCUCGAGGCCCACAUUCUUAGUGCCGUCAAUCAUACCAACAUUAUUGCUCUGCGAGGAUUGAGCACUCAUGGUAUACAUGGAUACAAGGCCACGGGAGGACGGGCCGAUGGAUUCUUUAUGGUCUUGGAUCGUCUCACCGGCACUCUCAGCCAGCGGAUCUUUACCGAUUGGAAGGAAAAAGCCGAUGCCAAUCCUCAUCUCCAGCAUCUGGACAAUUUGACCACCAACACCAUGACGAUGGAUUUCUUUGUCGAUCGGAUUCGAACCGCCUUGGAUGUCGCCUCGGCACUCAUCUACUUGCACGAUCAUCAAAUAUUGCAUCGUGACAUCAAGCCCGCCAACAUUGGGUUUGACGCCAACGGCGUACUCAAGGUCUUUGAUUUUGGGCUCGCCGUGGAGGUUCCCUACUCGGACAAACCCAACCAAUUGUAUGACCUCAGUGGCAACACGGGUACACCACGAUUCAUGGCGCCCGAAGUGAUGAAGCGAAAACCAUACAAUUUCAAGGCCGAUGUCUACUCCUUCUCCAUAUUGUUGUGGGAAAUGUUGGCGUUGGAAAAACCCUACCAGGGUAUGGACGGAGAAGCCGUUCGAGAAACUGUCGCCCUCAAGAGCGAACGACCUCCCAUGCCCGAGCGAUGGCCAGAGAAUAUCGCCAAGCUCUUCAAGAGAGGAUGGGCCAAGAAGAUUGAUCAUCGACCCACCAUGGCGGAGAUGCAUCACUGUUUGACAUUCUUGCUGGCCAGUCCUCUGCAACCCACACCACUCCCCUCCAAGCAUUCCUCCAUGUUGCCCGGGAAAAAGCUCUUCCGGGCCCGACGGUCGUUGGACAACAAUAAAUAG